CAGUUUCAUACCCUCCCACCUGAUGAGAACAUGGACAGAGGGUGGAGCUUGGGUGUUAACAGCAGAACUUUGACUCCAAGGAAACCACCAGUGCCUCCCUUGAGCUAUACACGAUAGCAGCGAACCAGGAACUUGCCAGGGUGUUGACCUGCCAAGUACCAAAUCUACAAUGAAGACCUCACUCUCCACUGAGAGCUGAAGAUGACUUUUCACACUCUAACCAAACUUAAGAAGAAGCUGUCCAGCUUGAAACCCACAAAAAGCACCAAUGAUCUCAACACGAAAGGAAAGCUUAACUUCUCCCAGCCUGGAGGAUUCAUUCUUUCCCUUCUCCUCAUCAACUCCUAUUACCCGGCAUCGCAUCAUGGGCCCAGGGGUCAGAGCAAACAACCUGCUGACAUCCCACACAGACCAUGACAGCAGCUCAACUAUGCUGGAGAAGGAUCUCAUCCUGGCAGCUGAAGUGGGCCAGGCUCUUCUGGAGCGGAAUGAGGACCUGGAAGCUCAGCUGGAACAGAUGAAGAGAGACAUGGAGGCUUUACAGCAGGAGAAGCACAUGCUACAGAGACACCUGGAGGUAAGGGAGCUAGAGGCAGGGCAGAGGGAGGCAGAGCUACAGGCUGAUAUCACCUCACUACGACAACAGUUUGAUCAGAAGCACAACCAGGGUCGAGACCGACGCCGUGAAGAAAGUGAGCAGCUUACACAACUGUCCAAUCACAAUCAGAAGUUGGUGGAGCAGUUGGCCGAGGCAGUGUCGUUGGAGCACUCUCUGCGCCUUGAGCUGCGCUCUCUAAGAGAGGAAAUGGAGGACACGAGUUUCAGCAGAUCAAUAAGCUCUGCUCGCCUGGACACCCUGCAAGCAGAGAAUCAAGUUCUAAAAGAGCGUUGCUCCAACAUGGAGAAGCAGCUGAAGUCAUCAGAUGAGGACAACGAGAGGAUGAGGAUGGAGAGGGACGGACUUCGUGCAAGACUCCUCGAACUCCAGACCAACCUGAAAGAAAAGGAGGGUGAGCUGGAGCAGCACCAGAGUGAGGCGUUCCAGUUGCGCACCAUGAAUCGGAGCCUCCAGCAGAAAGUCCAGGCAUUAGGAGAAGACGCCAGUCUCGAGGAGAUCACAUGCUUCCCCAUGUCCCUCCAGAAUGAACUGCAACAGUCUCAGGCCAAAGAAAGCAUCUUGGCCCAUUCUGCUGUCCUGCAGGGGAAAGAGGAGGAGAUUGAAAGACUAAAGAAGGAGCUUGAAUCCAGCCAGGAUGAAUUAGCAGCACUAAGAGAGGAACUGAAGCUGUUCCGCAGUGAUCCCAGCAAACCACCCUACAGUGCUUUGGAGAAAGAGCUUGCAUUGGCCCGGCAGGAACGUGACACACUCAACCAGCAGCUCCUGAACACCAUCAGACACAAGGUGGCUCUCUCUCAGGAAGUUGAAUCAUGGCAGGAGGACAUGCGUCUGGUGAUAUCCCAGCAGGUGCAGCAACAGGUACAAGAAAGGGAGAAGGAGAAGGAGAAACAGAAGAUGGCAUCGUCUCUGCAAAGAAACAGUCGCACAAGCAGGUCUUUCCGUUUACCAAGAGAGGAGGGGAAGAAGAGCUUCUUCUCUUCUCUGUUUGGUGGGGAAUAAAAAAAAAGUUGACUGACGACAAAAAAACAGGAUGAGGAAAAGUGAAACAGGACGAAGCACAUACUGAAGGGAAGAGUUAGAGGACACGAAACUACUGAAGGGAAGAGUUAGAGGACACGAAACUACUGAAAGGACAAAAAGCAACUUUCAUGGGUAAAUAUUCUGUCCAGGACUGUAAGUAAUAGGAAGCAGACAAAACAUGGCAUAAUGGCAUGGCAUUUAUGUAUAUUUAUUUUGUCUAUAUUCAUUCUUGUUGUACAAAAUAUGACACAAAUGUUUAUUAUGAAAAUAAUGUUGAUAAAUGCCUUUAUAUAUUUAA